GUUCGGGGCGAACGGUUGCCUAGGUACCGUUGGUGAACGAGUGUGUUUGGCGUAAACAAAACUGGUUUGUCAGCGGUUUGUGGCUGCGCAUCUUUGUCGAUCAUCGCCUGAUAAACCGAUUUCGUGCAAAAUGACAUCAAUCGACUUGCGACUGCAGAAGCUGGAACAACAGAGACAACGGAUUGCGGAGAAGAUGAAACAGAAGAGACAAACUGGUGCUAGUGGAAUGGUACAAGCAUCCAAUGUAUCUAGCGCACAGCUUACAAGUCAUUCGAAUAAAUGGAUGAAUCCAAACAAGGAACUUCAUGCAUAUGAUGGUCCAUUACAAUAUGCUAUGUUUCAAGCAAAUACUGAAAUGGGACCUUAUACAGAAGAUGUAAGAAAAAACAGUGAAGGGACAAUUAAUGCAGUGGUCAACGAUAGAAGCUUAUACGAAGGUUCUCAAAGCACUGAUUGUGCCGAUGAGGAAUCGUCACCUAUAGAUCUACAUUCGCCUUCAGAAUCUCUGCCAUGUUCCUCACCGCUUCGAGUGGCUCCGUCGGAAGGAGCUAAUACUCUUAUUAGUAGAGAUAACAAUUCUUCCAGUCCAGAAUUGGAAGGGAACGUAGAAGGCAAUAUUGAACAGUUUGUAUUACAACCCGCAAAUAAAAAAAUGCAUUACAAGUGUAGAAUAACACGCGAUCGAAAAGGCAUGGACCGUGGACUUUAUCCAACUUAUUUCUUGCAUCUAGAGCGUGAUUACGGGAAAAAAAUUUUCUUACUGGCUGGCCGAAAAAGGAAAAAAAGCGCAACGAGCAAUUACUUGAUUUCGACCGAUCCUACAGAUCUCUCGAGAGGAGGAGAAUCUUAUGUCGGUAAACUCCGAUCGAAUCUUCUGGGAACACAAUUCACAAUUUACGACAACGGAUACUCGUUGAUGAAGGACGAUAAACGCGACGAGCGUUUCAAUCCACGACAGGAAUUAGCCGCGGUGGUGUAUGAUACAAACGUUUUAGGUUUUAAAGGCCCUCGUAAAAUGACAGUCAUUAUACCGGGUAUGACGCCCGAUCAAAAACGAGUGGAGAUAUGCCCGCGAGUUGAAUCAGAAACUUUGCUUGAACGGUGGAAAUUAAAACAAAUGGAUAAUCUGAUAGAGCUACAUAACAAAACUCCCGUAUGGAACGACGACACACAGUCUUAUGUGCUUAACUUUCAUGGGCGAGUAACUCAAGCAUCUGUAAAGAAUUUCCAAGUAGUCCAUGACAGCGAUGUGGACUACGUCGUAAUGCAGUUUGGACGUGUCGCAGAGGACGUUUUUACAAUGGAUUACCGAUUUCCUCUUUGUACAGUGCAGGCCUUCGCCAUUGCUCUGAGUAGUUUCGACAGUAAAUUGGCGUGUGAAUAACAAUGCGGCCGAAUGCCAUCGAUCGAAUUGUCAGUUAAGUAUAUACUUGUCCACGAGUUACUGUAUCUAAAUCGUUAACUUUCUAAUGGACAAUCAGUAGAUUACCAAAUAUCUGAAAAUGAUGUUGAAUAUGGCGUAACGAAUCAUACGUUUUAUAAGAUAAAACGUGAAGAAAGAAUCGCUCUAAAUGUGUGUUCACUUUUCAUACUUCGUAACGAGUCUAUUUCUAUACUAAAUGUGUAUAAUGCGGAACGACGACUUUAAUAUUAUUCAUGAUAUAAAGAUGUUGAGUCUGCGAUAAAAAAUCUUGACAGCGUUAUACUUAAAA